AUGCGCAACGGCCUGGGGACUGCAGGAGCAGAGGCGUGGGAGAGCGGACGCACACUACCGGGAGGACAGCUGGCCCGGGACAGUACAAUCCGGGAGACGAAGGCUCUGGGCCACGACUCUGUGAAGCUGAUCAAGUUCGCGGACGACACCACCCUCAUUGGACUCAUCUCCAACAACGAUGAGUCCGCCUACAGGAGGGAGGUGGACCGGCUGGUGUCCUGGUGCAGUGGUAACAACCUGGAGCUGAACGCCCAGAAGACAGUGGAGAUGAUUGUGGACUUCAGGAAGAGCACUGUCCCCCCGGCCCCACCCUCCGUGAUGGACUCCCCCAUCACCUCUGUGGAGUCCUUCCGUUUCCUGGGCACCACCAUCACCCAGGACCUCAAGUGGGAGCCGACCAUCAGCUCCCUCAUCAAGAAGGCCCAGCAGAGGAUGUACUUCCUGCGGCAGCUCAGGAAAGCCAAGCUGCCUGCACAGAUGUUGGUGCAGUUCUACACGGCCAUCAUCGAGUCCAUCCUCACCUCCUCCGUCACCGUGUGGUUCGCUGGAGCCACAGUCAGGGACAAACAGAGACUACAGCGCAUUGUGCGCUCUGCAGAGGAAGUGAUCGGCCGCAGCCUUCCAUCGCUGCAGGACCUGAGAGUGGCCAAGUGGCCUCUUCAGACAGCUCUCUGGGGUCUGUGGUCCGUCAGAGUCAUGUUUCAGGUUUUACUGUGUGCGGCUCUCCAGGGAUCGGCUGGAGAAAUCAAAAGCACAUGUUGCCUCAGCAAUUCCUGCAACAGUCCGGGAUUCAAGGGAAACUGUAGUUCUCGAUAG